UUUAUAAUUGCUGUUCUGGUCUUACACCCCUGCUUGCGACACAUUAGCUAAUCAAAGUGUAUUGCUGACAAGAUAGCUACCAAACAGUAAAGACUCCACAACAGCGCGUUGAGGCAAGGCCAAAAUGUUUCCAAACCCAUUUUUCGGCAUGGGCGCGCCCUUCGGGCCGGGCAUGAAUAACAUGGGUGGUAUGCCGGGACAGGAGAUGGCUGGGAUGCCGGGGUUCCCGGGCAUGCCUGGUGGCACGAUGGGUCCGGGGAUGCCCGGCGGCAACAUGGGUGGUGGAGGCGGUAUGAUGGGCGGUGGCCCGAUGGGCGGCCAGGGACACGGCGGAGGCGGAGGAGGCGGAGGCGGUGGCGGCGAGGGCCACCGGGGCGGCAUGGGCGGCGGCGGAGGGCGGGGCCCUGGCGGCGACAAGCGCCCGGGUAUGUGCGUCAGGUGGUCCAACAGCGGCAGCUGCCAGUUCGGAGACAGGUGCAGGUACCUGCACGGGCAAGGCGACAGCCGGUACCCGCCAGGGCCAUCCGACGGCGGGCCGGGAGGGUUCAUGGGCGGCGGCGGUGGCGGCGGCGGCGGCGGUCCCAUCCGCCGCGGCGGGAGAGGCGGCGGCGGCGACGAUGGGCCGGGCGGCCGCGGCUCCCGCCCUACGGGCCCCAAGACGCGCCUGUGUGAGAAGUUCAUGGCCACGGGAACGUGUCGGUACGGCGACACCUGCAUAUUUGCACACGGGAUGGAGGAGCUGCGGCCGGGCCGUGACGCCGGAGGCCCGCCUCCCCCGCAGCCGCCGCCACAACAGGCGCAGCAGAUGCAGCAGCAGCAACAGCAGCAGCACCAACAGCAGCACCAGCAGCAGCAACAGCAGCAACACCGGCAGCAGCAACAAGACGGGGGCAACGCCACGUCACCUUCGCGAGGCGCCUUUGGCGGGCCGAGCGGGAGACCGCAGGCGCAGCAGGGUGGGCCGGCGGCGGGUGCCCGUGGGCAGCCACCACCAGCAGCAGCAAGUGCGCCACAGGAUGCAGCCGCUGCGACAGGCGCACAAGCAGCCACAGCUGCAGCAACCGCAGCCGCACCCUCCAAGCCCCAGGAGGUCACCUUUGUGGACAAGGUGCGCGCGCUGUGCGGCGUGCUGCACAUCGGCCAGGCGGCGGCGCUGGCGGCGGAGAAGCCGCUGGCGCUCACCACCGCGGCCAUGUCGCUGCGAGCCGGCACCGCCUACAAGGAGAACCCUUUUGCGGACGGAGUGGAGAGAUACGUGGCGAUCUCGGCCGGUGGAGGGGGAGGGGGAGGCAGCGCCGGCCAGGGGCAGAUGCAGCACUAGGCGGGGAGGGGCAGGUCGGAUGGGUCGUAUGGGGGCAAGGCGAUGGAUGUGUGUCGCACAGUGGCAGCGGCUGGGCUUGGGUGCGGUGCGGGCGCGGUAUGCGCUAUUGCGGUUGUGGUCUCGUGGGACACUGGUCAAAAGCCUGAGAAAGACCAUGGUCCUUGGAUGCUGGUGAGAGGGGCGGUGCGCUGCGUUGUUGGCUGUCAGGCGCGGCUGGGGCUGUGGGACGCUCUGGGCAGAUAUUGCUCGCGACCCGCGUCAGCAGGUCUCUCUUGUAAGCAAUGCAAUCU